AUGAAAGAGUAAAAUAUGAGUGAAGUUAAUUUAUCUAGUCUUUAAUCGUAAAUAACAUACACCGAGGAAAGCUCCCUCUCCGUCACCGAGCCAAAAUCUCAGCGUGGAAGAAAGAAGAGCGCUCAGUCAAAAGUAAAUAAAAAAGAGAGAAGACUGAUGCAGAAUCGUGUAAGUGCCUUCAGAUUCAGGAUAAAGAGAAAGCAAGAGUACGAAUUACUCAAGGAUUAGGUAACCGCACUUGCCUCCGAAAAUGAGGCGCUUAAAUAAUAGGUUGCGUAGAUGAGAGUGAUAAUCGAGUCAAACAUCAGAGAAAUGAACAAACCAGCCCCCUAAAUUCCUACUGGGCAAAAUAGCUACACUGCUGUCCUCCUGCAUUAACUACAGAAGCUUCAAGGAGAGAUCGGUUAAUACCAAUAGCUAACAGGAUUCAAUAGAUAAUAACAGUAGCUUUUGGCGACUUCUCUAAUCAAUCCGACCCAAACUUUUGUCAGUAACGACUCAACUACCAUCCACUCCAACUCUUCCUCUCCUAUUUUGAAACCAACAAAUGAUAAUAAUAUGAACGUAAAUUCAAGCGUCCCUUAGCAUAUCUAUUAAUAAUCAAGGUUUCCAUAGAACCCGUUGAUCCUUGUAUAAAACACCCAGGAUUUAAACUAAACUAUGUUCAAUGCUCUUUAAAAGAGUAUUAAUCCGAUGUUCUCCGGCUAACAGCCUCAAAUGGGAGCCCAUUCUCUUUUGAACGAGGCUCUCCUUAAGGCUUUAAGCAAACAAUAAUGA